ACUUCAUACAAGUAAAUGCAAGACGGAUACUUCUUAUUGUUCUAGAAGUGGCAGAUUGGUCUACCGGUGGUUAUGAGGGAUGCUGGAGGAGAGGUUAUUGAUUGGCAUAGCCAUUCAAUAAUGAGCCUUAUCUGCCCUGGCAGAAGGGACAUUAGCUCUGUCUUAUAGUGGGAAGAGCAAUGGCAAAUGGUUUUUCAAGAGUCAUUUUUGAAGCAGGAAAAGUUAGCUUGCAAAUUGCUCCUGUUGUGGGAUCAAUACGGUGUCCUUUGCUAUCAACUUUUGAACGGUUUGAUUUUGUGUGUGCCUGGAAUAGUUAACAAAGCUACUUAAUUGGUUUGCUAUUUAGGGCACUGUCUAUCUGUGGAAUUGCGAAAAUUAUUGUAUCUAGAUGUUGCUCAUUGCUAAUAAAAGAGCAGGUGUCACGGUGGGAGCCAGCAUUGGAGCAGGUGCCAGGGUGGGAGUCGGUACCGUGGUGGCAACAGGAGCAGGUGCGAAGGUGGGAACCGGUGCGAAGGUGGGAACCGGUGUUGGAGCCGGUGCGACGGUGGGAACCGACGCUGGAGUCGGUGCCACAGUGGGAAACGACGCUGGAGCAGGUGCCAGGGUGGGAACAGAAGUAGGUGCCACAGUGGGAGCCGGAGUUGGAGUAGAUGCUGGUGCGGGUGCCGGUGUUGGAGCGGGCCGUGCAAGGGAUCCUAAACGGGUGCCAGAGUUCUUUUCUGUCCUUUAACUCGCAGUGCUUGAGACUAAGAAUAAAGAGUGUAACUAGGAACAUUUUGAAAUUUUUAUGGUCCCUUUCGAAUGUUCUAUUCUUUUCCUUCAAUGGAGAUUCGUUCGGUUGAUGGGUAGAGUAAAGUUGUUUCCUUCUGUGGUCCUUUUCUGGGUUGUGGGGUUAAUAGAAGCUUUUCUUUGUU